UUUUUAAAAUCAAACAUUAUGCAAAAUGCAUUAGAAAAGAGCACCAUGGUAGUUGUCUGAUUUUUGCGUGGUUAACAAGAAGUGAAAUAAUUAUAUAGGUCUACAGAGACUUAAGAAUAAAAUAUGAAUAAUAAAUUGUGACUUUUCAUAAAAUAUAUUUUGUGACUCAAAAAAGAUAACAUUUUAGUAAAAAAUAGAUAAAAGUUAAUCAGUUCCAAUGAUUUUCGGUGAUAUAAGUCUAAACAGGAUGCUUCUGGAGAGGACUCGAAGACAGAUGCUGUUAGACAGCCUGGAAGAUGGCUGGGACAUGACUCAGCUGAAGGAGGAGGAAUUUGAAGAGUUCUGCGUUUACAUCGUGCAUGACCGAGCCUGCGAGAAGGUGUGCCGGAACCGCGCACAGGCUUCUCUACCACGCAACCUGACACUGAAGCCGUCGCUCACCCAGCCAGACCAGGCGCAGGGGGUAUGGAGCGUGGACUACAUACCCAGAGGUACCAGGUUCGGGCCGCUCAAUGGGGAGAUCAGCCUGGAGGAGCCCCCGCGCCAUGCGGACUCCAGCCGCAUAUGUCUGUGGAAGAUCUUCAAAGAUAACACAACAUGCAAGUACAUGGACGUCGGAGACACGAGUCGCAGCAACUGGAUGCACUACGUCAACUUCAGCUACAACAGCUCCCAGCAGAACCUGAUCGCAUGCCAGAUCGACUUCAACAUCUACUUCUACACUAUCAAGCCAAUACCGCCCAACACCGAGCUCCUCGUCUGGUACUGCCGCGAGUACGCCGAGAGGCUCAAUGUUCCCAAGACCGGAGAGGAGAUGCUUCAGGCGUGGAGGCGCCAGGCAGUGGACCCACCAAAGCCUACUCCCUUACCGAUGUUUGUCGAGGAUCGCCACCUCUGUUUGAAUCCCAAUCCUCUUCAGUCUCCAAGAAAACCAGGCCAUGAACCUGAGCGCACCAGUCACAGAAAAGAUGAGCUGUGCGAUAGUGAUGACAGUGGCGUUCGAGAAGACGGAUACGCCAUCGAUUACAGUCUACACAAACGUGACGGCAGUCCCACAAGUGAUGAUCUUGACCAUAACGCUCUGAAACGAGGCUCAUUCAACAUUGACGACUCUCUAUCUCCAUUUAAGAGUCCCAAACUGUGCCAUGGCACCGGUAGUGCAUUCACUAGCAAGAUCUCGCCAAUAUCAUCAGGAAAGGGUAGCAUACCCAGCAUACUGGCUCCAUCCCCCAUUAAACCCACCUUCAGUACGCCAAAGAGGAGUUUGAGCUCGGGCUUUUAUGAGAACUUGUUCAUGAAAAAGGUGAAAGAGAGGAGAGAGGAACACACAGAGCACAAAAUGGAGAGUUUUAAAGAGCUUAAACACAGUCCGAAAUCUGACACUAAAAACGAGAUAGAAAGUGUUACUUCAUCUGAAUCUGACAAGAAGCCAUUGGUUGAUACGAAAGACAUUAAGGUGCCAAUCUCAGAACCUAUGGCUCCAAUGCCGUUUAGGUUCCCCGGCAUGAUCAUGGACAAACCAAUGAACAGUAUGAACCCAUUUAUGAACCAUAACCCUGAAGACAUGUACUCCAAGUUUCUACAUGGAAAUCCAAUGAGUAAAAUGCCCCCAGCUCCACCACCUAUGUACUUUCCUCCUUCCUUACCAGGCAUGUACCCAUUUGGACCGAUGUAUCCAUUUGGUCAGUACCCCCAGAUGCCAUGGCCAAUGUUUCCCCCGGGCUAUCCCCCAAUGAGCAGUGGCCAGCCUCCAUUCUCGCCACACGCCCCCCACCUCCAGCCACCCAUCUACGCCCGCCCACCAAUGUCUCACUCCAGUAUGUCAGGCUCAGACACAUCACAGAUUCUCAAUCUAUCCAAACCAAAGACUGCCAUGGAGGGUCGUGGUCACAGAUCUCUGCCUUACCCUCUGAGAAAGAAAGACGGAAAAAUGCUGUACGAAUGCAAAUUUUGCUUAAAGACAUUCGGACAGUUGUCCAACUUGAAAGUCCACCUUCGAACCCACACUGGCGAACGUCCCUUCGUUUGCAAGACGUGCUCCAAGGGGUUCACCCAGCUUGCACAUCUUCAGAAGCAUCAUCUGGUUCACACGGGUGAGAAGCCUCAUGAAUGCAGUGUGUGUCACAAACGGUUCAGCUCUACGUCCAACCUGAAGACCCACAUGCGUCUGCAUAGCGGAGAAAAGCCGUUCCAGUGUAAGCUCUGCCCGGCGAAAUUCACGCAGUUCGUACAUUUAAAAUUGCACAAGAGGCUUCACACAAAUGAGCGCCCCUACGAAUGUCCGCAGUGUAACAGGAAGUACAUCAGUGCCAGCGGACUCAAAACUCAUUGGAAGACGGGCAACUGUAUUCCGUCAGGGAUGAGUAUGGACUACAGCAUGCUUAUUCAACAUACCACAGAGGCAGCAAUAAAGGAGAUGAGUGAAUUUGGUGAUCUGCAUGAUAUUGCUAUGAUUGACAAUGGCGAAUAUGACAAAUAUGAGAAAGUUGAAAACGCCUCUGAAAUCGAUAAAGAUGACGAUGAAGAGGAGGAGGAAAUGAAUGAGGACAGUAGAUUGGGCACUGAAACAGACAUUGAACAAUAUCACUCAGAUAGCAUGACUUUUGAAAGAGACGAGGACGAAAAUAAAGUCGAAGAUGAAAGUUCUCGUGUUGAUCCCAUAAGUGGCCCAGUUUCCCCGAAUAGUGCGUGUGAUAGUGAAGCCAGUAACAUGAAUGACAUUGAUGAUGAUGAAUCAGUCAACGAGCAUCCUGGAAACUCCACCGCUGAGUCGGACACCCCGUCCUCUGGGUCACGAAUAGACUUGUUCCGUGAGAGAAUGACCAAUGGUCAGGCUUUGGACUCAAACAGCGGUCUGUACGUGAGGUCACUGCAGUCAGGUGGCAUGCAGUAUCAACAAGCAGUCCAAUGCUCAUCAAGCUGUUGACAUUCUGUCCAGACAUCUCUCUGUCUCAAUCAGUAUUCGCAUAAUAUCACACAUGUAAGCAGCAUAUACAUUGUACAGCAUUUAUCAUUGUUAUUUAUUAUUGUUCAUGCGAUACACUAUUAAAAAAUCAAAAGCACCGUUAAACCCGCACAUCCGUUAAUUCUGAAUAUUUCAUAUACCCAAUGUCAACAAAUUAGUUUCUAUAGAAUGUUGUGCAAUCUUUAUUAAGAUAUAUCAAUGUGCAUGUUGUUCCAUAUACUAGUAUUUGUUAUCCAUUCUACUAGGACCAAAUAUAUACAUUCAGGGGUAGCAUAUUGUAGCAUUUGUAUUUUUACAUCAGUCUGUAACAUUUAUAAAUACAUUAUACUGUAUGUUCAAUAUUUAAAAAUUCAGUUGCCAUAAGUAUACUGAAUAGGCAUGCAUUCUUACUUGAUUUUCUGUUAUGUGUUUGUUGAAAAAAUAGUCUGACUUGUUUGUUAAGGCCUUGUUAAUUAUAUCCUAAUUUAUACUAUUUAUUAUAACAUUAAGUGUUGUAAUUAUCAUAUAUGUUAACUAAUCUAAUUAAGCAGAAUGAAUGAAUAAAUCAAAUUUUUCUACACAUUUACUAGGUAUCAAUCUAUUGAAAUUUUCGACACAUUCUACGAGGUAUGUUUUUCUUGGCUCUCAUGGGCUCAGUCUGUUGACAGAUCACAUUGCAAAACAUAGCCAUCAACUGGAGACUAGUCUGCAUGAAUCUUGCCUCAUAGAUUAUGUCAUGAUAAGCACAGCCUAAUAGGUAAAGUGAAAUAUUUUUCAAGUAAAUCCUUGUUUACAGCCGAUAGAUAGUUCAUGAUUUACACUCAAUCAAUCUUGUCAGGGAGGCAACAUCUCUCCACGCCUUUCCAUCAACAUUCAGGAAAUGCAACAUCUUGACUGGAUUUAUUACAAGUUACAUUAUAAUUGAUGUAAAUUUGUUGGUAAUUCCUGCGGUUUUGGAUUGUUGUGUGAUCUUUUUGUGAUAUAGUGUGUGAUGUUUAUAUUGUAUUCUACUAACAAUGUCCAGUAACCCUAAUGACAAACGACUUGGGGCCAUGUUGGCUCUUGUUUUAUAUGCAACUGCAGCUAACUCAUCUCAUUCUUUACUAGUUGAUUUUAUGUAAAACUGUUUAUACAUGCAUUUUCUCCCGUUACAAAUGGCAUUCUGCUAGUCAAGGACUAUUGUUUUCCAGAUAUCUGAUCAAUUUUGUUUUCUCAAACUGUUUAAGGAAUUCUUAAACCUUUGUACUCGUAUUGAUUAUUAAGUUACAAUACACAUAUGUUAAUUGAUUAUUUAGACUACAUUUUGCUAGGUGUUACACAAUUUAAACUUACAUUUUUACUCGGGUAUGAAAAAUGAACUGCAUGCAUACUGUAAGCAUUUAGUGUUGACUAAUAAAAUGUGAAAAUAUGUGAAAA